AUGCAUAAUAUUCAUACUGAUCUGAGACUUUAUGCCGUACAAAAUAGUCUUCAAGAUUACCGUGUUGGAUUGACAAAAACUAAAAUAUGUUUAAUUGUACUUGAACUACUGAUCUGUGCUAUUCAUCCUGUACCUCAUUCAUCUCCUCAAUUAGAAUCAGAGGAAGUAACUUUAGAUUCUUCCGAAUCUUAUUCUUUCUCUUAUACAGCUAUUGAUGUCGGAUUAGGUUUACCAAUGUUUGCACGUUUGUAUUUAUUUGGUCGUUCAAUUGUAUUUCAUUCACAUCUAGUACGUAAUAUAUCAUUACGAUCAAUUAGUUAUCUCAAUCAAGUAUCAAUUAAUUUUUUCUUUCUCAUGAAAAUUUAUCUUCAACAAUGGCCAACACGAUGUUUGAUGACAUGUUGUACAAUUAUCUUUCUUAUUGGAAGCUGGUCUUUACGAGCAUGUAGUUAUAAACCUACCGGAGAACAUCUCACUAUAUUUGAUGCAAUGUGGUUAUUUAUCAUUACAUUUACCACUGUAGGAUACGGUGAUCUAUAUCCAUCGACUUAUUGUGGACGAGGAAUCGCGACAAUUAUUGGUUUUAUUGGUCUUCUAUCGUCUGCUCUACUCAUAUCGGUUCUUGCACAAAAACUUCUUCUAACUCGCGAAGAAAAAUAUGUACACACAUUUGUAUCCAAUACAGAAUUGGCGAAAGAACGUCAAUAUCAAGCAGCAAAUAUAGUUAAAUUUGCCAUAAAAGUCUGGUUUUUAAAACGACAAAAUAAAGAACCAUCUAUUCGAUGUAUACAAGUACAGAAAAAAUUAUUUCAAUCAAUCUAUCAUUUGAAAGAAAUUAAAAAACAACAAAGAAAUUCAACGGAUAAUUGUAUUGAUCUGCAUGAAUUAGUAACGAUACAACAAAAUACAAAUAUGCAAAUUGAGGAAACAGUACAACAUAUGACAGAGAUCAAAUUGCAAUCAACACCAGUAAUGGCGAAAUCAACCGAAUAUCUGUCGGAGUGUUUCAGUUGUACGCAUAUACCUAAUCAAAUAUGUAUCAACAUUGCCAACAAUUGUCCAAGUUGCAUGAUGUAUCGAAACGAUGAAGAUCCAAAUGUUAUUGAAACAAGAUGUUGUAUAUCGGAUUGUGGACCAUCAUAUCAAGUAUCAAUGCAUAACGGUCGUCCAACAUAUUUUUGUCACGGUGAUCGCUGUAAUGUGAAGAUGAGCCCAACUGUAUUAGAUUCUCUUAACUGA